AUGACAGCUCUUUCAUUUUUUGCAGUCGCAGACACGACUGAUCUGAUGGAAUGGUCAGAUGAACACGAUGUUUUGCUGGGCCGGGAGAUACUUUUAGUCGACCCAUUUAAAGCUAAACCCCGAACAAAUCUCCGUGGUCAGUUAUGGACAAAGAUAGCAGAUUCUUUGAACGGUUUGAAGGUUCCAAAAUUUUCUGUAUCUCAGAGAUCUGUUCGUGAUCAUUUCAAACUUUUGGCUGAAAAAUUUAAAAAGAAAAUUUCAGCUGAAGAGCGCGGGUCUGGAAUAUCUCCAGAAAUGUCAGAGUUAGAUGUCUUACUGGAAGAAAUCCUUGAACUUGAGGAAAAACAAGAAGACAAAGAAAAUGCAGAAGAUAUGAGGUUGAAGGCCAUGGAGACUUUAAAAGAAACACAGAAGAGAAAAGCAUUAGCUGAUGGGAAUGAGAAAAGAGAAAAGAGAAGAAGCAAUGGGUCAGAGGCUUUGAGUUUUUUACGGGAAAGGAUGGAUAAUGAGAAUGAGUAUCGAGAGAAGGAAUUAGACAUGAGGAAGAAAGAUGUUGAACUGGAAGAGAAAAAAAUAGAGCGAGAAGAAAAGCAGCAUCAAGAUAUAAUGCAAAUGAUGCAAAUGCAACAAAUGCAAAUGAACUUUUUCCAGUCACAAGCCCAACAGCAGCAGCUUUUGAUGGGAAUCAUUGAGAAACUGUCAAAAUAA